CGCGCAGGAUGGUUCUGUGGCUCUGCGAAGUGACGAACAUUUCCCACAAGCGCAUCGCCGGGCGCCCAAUGCGUGGCAAAAUGGCUUGGCAUGUAGUGAGGCCCUGCUCCGAAGCUGUCUGAGAAAAGCACUUAGCGAGUUGCUUCUAGAAAGAAUGAGUGAGGGAGAAUGCGUUUACGGCAUUUCUCGCCGUGGCGAGGUAGAUUUCUUUUCGCACUGCGUGGCUCUGAGCCGCAUGUGCAUGACGCCGCUUACCUGUGACAUGAUGAAUUACUUGUUGAUUAUUCGCGUCGACGCGCUGUCGGACUAG